UUGUAGUGGAUCUUCUGAAGAGACUGAAUACAAGCCAUGCUGCCUUCCACCACCACCAACGUGUCACUGGGAAUCUUGGGGAGACUACACACCAUAUGGGGCGUGUAUUGAAAAAGGAUUACCGUCAACGCCUCAAUGCUAUAAACCGGGUAUUUCAACAUGCUAUCGAACUCGGCAAUGCCGCUGUACAGUACCUGGAUAUCGUGGUCCAGGGUAUUGUAUUGGAUCUUCGAAAGAGUAUAAAACAAAGCCAUGCUGUCUGCCUCCAUGUGACAGCGAGGGCUGAAGGCAGUGAUACUGAACCAUAUUACGUUGGGGAAGUGAUUAGAUUCGUAUGUAACAUCGGUUAUCCGAUCGUCGGGAAGGACAGUAUAAAAUGUUUAAGUAAUGGACAAUGGGAUGGUCCUGUCCCAACUUGUAAUCCAGUAUGCUACUGGAAACAAUGGGGAUCAUGGAUAAAUGGAGAUUGUGUUGCAAGUGGACUCCCAUUGACGCCACAAUGCUAUAGGCCAGGAACUUCCCUUUGUUAUCGAACCCGUCGGUGCUACUGUGUCGGACGCGGAUAUUCUCGUUCAACGUACUGUACUGGUUCUUCAAAGGAGUACGAAACCAAAACCUGCUGUCUACCAUAUCUCCCUCCUCCUCCAUCAUGCCGAUGGGAACCAUGGGGACCAUGGAAAAACCACGGAAGAUGCGAGAAGAAUGGAUUACCUGGGACACCUAACUGCGCUUAUCCUGGAACUUUAAGGUGUUAUCGUACCCGUGAGUGCAACUGCAGAAGAAAAAGACAUGGUGGGACCGCAUAUUGCCACGGGCCAUCAAAAGAAUAUGAAAACAAGCCGUGUUGCUAUAAACACACAUAUACACCUCCGCAUUAUCCUCCCCCGGGUUAUCCCCCAAUUCUUCAUCCAAUGAAAUGAACCAGGUUGAGAACUUACGACUCCACGUGACCUGAUAACAAGACAAUACCUUUCGGAAUCAAUAGAUAUAUUUUAUGUUCUAAAUUAAGUAAUAGAAUAAAGAUCAAUGCAAAUAUAA